AUGGCAAUCUUUAUUGAACAAUAUUUGUCAUUUCUUUCUAGUAAACCCAGCUCAGAGGUUAUGAAAGAGUACACAAGAAGGAUUGAAUUUUUAAAGCAUACGAUUGACACAGAGAAAAUGGUACAUGAUAUGGUUCCUAACUUUUGUUAAUGUAAUUUAAACAUUUCCAUUUCGGCUUUCAGCUGAGGAUAUAAAAUGCAGGCCUUAAAAUAUCGGUCGGUCACGGACAUUGUCCGACCCAUUCGUGAAAUUGUCCGACGUACUGAGGAACCCACCGGACAUUCUGUCCGACCUAGGUGAAACUGAGGUUUAUUGUUUGUCUAACCAGAGUGUAUUGCUGUCCAACCGAACUGUAGCUUUGUGCAACGUAAAUCAAAAUGUACCCUAUCCCGGGACUACUGUAUAGAGGCUUGUAUGUUAAAUGGAAAAUCAGAGUGCUAUUGUAUAAAAGGUGAACUGGAAAUGUUGUUUUAACAUAGUCGAGCGCGGGGCAGCAAGCGAAAUGGUGAAGUUGAAAACGGGCUUAAGUUGUCGAAGUCUUUUUAAUACUGCUCUUCUGGAAAGCAAGUUAAUUUUCGCUUGGAAAUAUGUAUGACAGAAACAAACUUUUUAAUACAGUAUCUUCACAACAUUUACCGUUCAGAAUUGAUACAUUGUGCUGAUAUUCAUUUGUGCCAUUCAGACUUAUUUCCGAGUCAAAACUGAACUGAAGGUCAUUGGACAUAUGUCCGACCCAAACUCAACGUCAUCGGACAUUUUGUCAGACGGCCCUGUAAAAGAUAUUUUAAGGCCUGUAAAAUGUGUUUAUCUCCACUGUACAAUGAAAACAUGUAUGUUAAGCAUGCACCAGCGCUCUUCCCUGAAUUGUCUGGCAUUGGACAGAGCAAAAUAAUAAAGUACAGCGCACAUUUACUAGCAGAGUUAACUUAGAGAACACACCAUUGAGUGGUAGCACUCUCCCUUUGACAAGUACAGGUGUAUGUACCACAGAAUACCACGGUACCACAGAACACCAGUCUUAUUCAUUUCUUAUAUAAAAUUUGAAGGAAAUAUGCUAUAAGCUUUAUUUUUGUAAUUAUAUAUUAGUUUUAGUCUUAAUUGACAUAUAAAAACAAAAAAUGUAUAUUUUCUUAAAAAUUCUUAAAAAUAAUCAGGAUUAACAUAAAGUAACAUUUUAUAUUUUUGAUACUUUUUUUUCGCAUAAUGCCUAUAAAAUCCGAACCCUUAAAAAUAAGUUCGCAAACCAGCAUAAUUUAUGUUGAUCAAUACUUUUUCUAUGCAAUGCAACACUAUUACUACACUGGAAUCACACAGUGUAAUCAAUUUUACCAUUGAAAAACUGAAUUUUUCAAAAAUAUUGAUAAACCUGGUAUUCUUUGGUUAUACCACUGGUAUUCUGUACUGAUUUUAGUAUUUAACUUUCACUAAAUUAAGUUAGCAUUAUCCCACAGUAUUAUCAAACAACAUGACACACCAAAUCCUGGUACAAUUUGAUAAACCGUUGCUUACUUACCUCUGCACUGGUAUUUAUGUGGUACAUUGGAUUUUUUUCCACAGAAUAUUCAUUUAAUUAAACAAAAAUAAUUAAGUAUAUGAAAUCUUGCCCCAAAACCCCCAGGAAGAAAAAAUAUAUUAAUAGACUUUUCUAAAAAAUAUCAAGGAACCAUAUUAUAUACAUUAAACAAGAGAUAUGGAACAUGUAAAUUUUUGCGGUAUUCUGUGGUAAAUACACCUGUAAAAUCAUAUAGUGUUACACAGAGUAAAAUAAUAAAAAAUAGGGCGCACAUUUACUAGCAUAUAUAGUUAACUUAGAGAACACACCAUUGAGUGCUAGCACUUUCCCCUUGACAAGUAAAAUUGUCUGGUGUUACACAGAGUAAAAUAAUAAAAUAAGGCACACAUUUACAAGCAGAGAUAACUUAGAAAACACACCAUUGAGUGCUAGCACUUUCCCCUUGACAAGUAAAAUCAUUUGGUGUUACACAGAGUAAAAUAAUAAAGUAAGGCACACAUUUACAAGCAGAGAUAACUUAGAAAACACACCAUUGAGUGCUAGCACUUUCCCCUUGACAAGUACUGUAUAAUCAUGUGGUGUUACAAAGAGUAAAAUAAUAAAGUAGGGAACAUUAUCGUUUCACAUUAGUUUCUUUACUUUUCCUUUUGCAGCUUCGUUAAUAUACAGUACCCCUUCUCCAAAUAAGCCCAGCUCUCCAAUAUACCCAUCUCGCCAAUAAGACCCUCUCCAACAAGCCCCUUUCUCCAAUAAGCCCCUUUCUCCAAUAAGCCCCUUUCUCCAAUAAUUAAACCCAGCUCUCUAACAAGCCCCUCUCUCUUGAAGCAAGUCCCUCUCUCCGACAAACUCCUGUCUUCAACAAGCUCUUCAAUCCAAUAAGCAUCUCCAGUAAGCCCCACCUUCAAACCCCUUCAUCACUCUCUUUAAUUUAAGCCUCCCUUGAACAUGCUUAUAAUAAAUUUGCCCCUGGGGGGUAAAAUAAAGGACUUACAUUAAUCUAAGCACAUUGCUAAUUUUGUGUUACUCUUUUUAGAAUUCUGUAUAUGAGAAAACUCUUGCUAGUCAGCAGAUUGCUCCACCACACAUUACCACAGACACGACACAUGUAACGCCAUUGAAAGUUCGACAGAUACAUCAGAAGGCCAAGACACGCUAUGAAAAUGAAGCAAGGAGAGAACUCCUUGGUGAAGGUAUACAUUACAGAUUUUUCAAAACCUGGGAGUCCAACAGCUGUGACGUUGGUUAAAUAACGUUUCUCUGGAAUUCACAACAGCCACUCAAUUGUAAAGAUAAAAAACACUCCUUGGUGUUUCUGUAUAAAAGCCCAAACUAGAUUGAGUGCAUGCUCUAGUGAACUCAACAGAAAUGUUAUUUAGAAAAUGUUUGUUUGCUUCCCUCCACUACAAAAGUCAGUUUCAUAGUGCACAGUUGCUCUUUUAUGUUCGGCUCUAUUAUGGAUCUCACUGUGGAUUGCAUAAAACAUUUGUCCCAUGGAUGUCUGUGACCACACCUACAUAGUUUUGCAUACAUAGUUAAUUUGUACUGUACAAUAAUUAUUGUUUAAUUUUAUAAUUGUCUCUUGGACCUACAGUAAUUGGUUUCUAGACUAUUGCAGAUACACAACCAGCAUGGAGUCCUAGCUGUAUAGCUGUUGUAUGUGUUUAUUAAAUUGAAAAAUUGUCUGAUGUUGGACAGAGUAAAAUAGUAAAGCAGGGUAGAUAGAUUAACCCAUUGAGUGCCAGUACUUCCCAAUGUCUCUUUUGUACAUUAAAAUCACCUGGCAUUAAACACAAUAAAAUGGUCAAAAGGCCACAUUGGGAGUCACACAUGAGCAUAAAAUGAAAUAAUUGGGGUUUUUUAUUAAGGUGAGGAUUCACAAUUACGAAACAGAAAAUCUGCAAGGUACUCAAAAAUUAUUCAAUUAAUUAAAGUUUUGCUGGGUUCGCAUUUAAUAUUCAGUUAAUUUCAGAUACAACGUCAGAUACAACUAAAACUGACUGUUCUUUCUUGAGCAGCAUCAACAACAACAGCGAAAACAACAACAACAACAACAACAACAACAACAACAACAACAACAACAACAACAACAACAACAACAACAACAACAACAACAUCAACAACAACAACAAAAUAAUUCUUCUGUAUUAUUUUAUAGUAAUAGCAACACGGAAGAAAGUUUAGAUGCGGUGUUAGAACAUCAUCAGAAUAUGCAGGAAAAAAUUGCAGAAGAGAUGAUUCAAAUGGCUCAAAAUUUAAAACAUAACUCACUAGUUGCCAGUAAUAUCUUAAAGAAAGAUAAUAAGGUAAGGUUAAUUUAAGAGUGCAUUAUUUUCCUUGCUUUGUGAGAUUAAAAAUAAAUCUACCCAUCUCGCUGACAACCAAUCAAGGAUCACUAUCACAGGUUGAAAUCGUGUGUUGGAAAUAGAUUUCUAUUUAAUAUAUAUAUAUAUUUUUAUUAAUUUUACAAUUAUAACAAUUGAAGGCUCAGACAACAGGACAUAUAAAGUCCUAUAUUAAGUCCUGGCUGACAUGCUACAUUACAACACUAUUGAAACCAACGAAAUCACAGACACAUCGUUAUAGAUAUAGUAUGUACAUAAUUAAAAUUCACUAAGACAUUUCCUGCGUGCUCGCCUAUUUUUUCCAUACCAGCUCACUGUUCAGUCACUUAAAACUAAACUCAAUAAACGUUAUACUCAGAAACUUAAUGCAUGUUUUCAUGUUGACAGACCAAGGCCCUUGCAAGAACUUGGAAAACAUUUUGUUCUGAGUGUCGUUCUUGCUUUCAAAAUUGUUGCUUAACACCCAUGUCCCACCAAGGGCCAACAAGACAUUAUUCCUUGAAUUUAAAACCAUGGUCAGCUAGAACACUAUAUGUUUAUGCACAUAGAGUAAGCACGAAAAUACUCCGUUGGUCUGCAGGAAGUUUUUGUUUCCAGAUUGUGAAAGAAAAUUCUUUUUUCCUGCUCUGCAGUGAGAGAGGUUUUUUUUUCGUCGGGUAGGCUGUUCCAUAGGGGUACAUUCCUAUUGAAAAAUAGAUUUCGGAAAGAAGAUGUUCUGCAGAGGUUUGGUCGGUAGGAAUCAGUAUAGAACUAAGGCGAGUAUGAUGACGAGACGGAUUGCCCGGUAGAUAGUCUUCAGGAUUUAAGUCGUACUGACCAGCUUUACAUUUGUAUAAAAACAUAACAUCUUUUAUGCGUACUUCCUCCAGGUUUUGGAAAAUGCUUCAGACUUGGCCGACUCAAAUUUCACAAAACUCAAACAUGAAAGCGAAAGACUUGAGGAAAUUACAAACAGACCGUGCUCGUUGUGGGUAUGGACCAUGUUAGCAUGUGUUUGUAUCGUGUUCAUUAUGAUGAUUAUAUUUAUCCGGUUCUUUCCAAAAAGAUAACAUCUCAUGAAUUAUAAUAAAUUAUUCGUAACGCAUAAAAUAAUUAUAAAGUCUAUUAAUGAUAAAUAUAUAAUGUAUUUAAACCACAAUGUAUUUGCGUUUAUUAUGAUGACACCUGCGUUAAAACCCGAUAACCUUAUGUAAUUAUAGAUACUAGUUGCAUCCUCCCCCCCCCCCAAUGUUUUCCGAAAACGUUUGAUGGAUAGCUGCAUAACAAAGCUGUGACAGUUAUUUUACGUCCAUAAAAGCAUGGUAGGCUAUAAAUUAAGCUAUAUAUAUAUAUAUAUAUAUAUAUAUAUAUAUAUAUAUAUAUAUAUAUAUAUAUAUAUAUAUAUAUAUAUAUAUAUAUAUAUAUAUAUAUAUAUAUAUAUAUAUAUAUAUAUAUAUAUAUAUAUAUAUAUAUAUAUACGACAAGAUUAUAUUGCAUGAAAUUUAAGGAAAAGAAAGUUUAAAGAACUACGAUUUCAAGCAACAAAGGUGAUCAUAUGGUGGCAACCUAACCCCCCUUCCCCCCUCUCAUUAUUUCGCAAAGUGUCCGGCACUGGAAUUAUUCUAUGAUCAAAUUAAUCGAACACAAAUCAAAUUAAUCGAUUUCAAAUAUUUAAAGGAGUUCGCACAAGGGCGAAUGAAACUCAAUAUGCAAAUGCAAUAAAUACCAGGUUUGUUGUUUUACUACGGCACAAAAUAAGCCAAGAAACACUUGGGUAAGAACCAGGAAAAGUGUCCGAAUUUUGGACACUUAAAGAUGGCUCCAAAUAAGAAGCAACCGGAACAUUGAUAAAAUUUGCUGUACGGAAGUUUUAGAAAGGCCAAAGCAAAUUUGGCCUUGUCGGACUAUAUUUAAUGGUUACGUUGCAGAACAAUUAGCAUAUCAAUAGUGCCAUUCAGCCAUUGGUUCGAAUGUUUGGAAUGUUCCAUUUGUCUGUUCAUUGUUUUGUAAAUUUCACUGUUCUCCAUACCACCCACCGCUUUUACUUAUAUUAAAGUCAAUAGAAAGGGUUUACUGAUUUGGUCAAAAAGCAUACUUUGCACAUUGUUAAUUUCAAUGAGUUAAUUUAACUCCAAAUGAGUUAUUAUGAACCAAAUUUAACUCCCAAUGUGGAGUAAAAUUUGGUCAAAAAUAAUUCCAUUGGAGUUAAAUUCACCUUCUGAAAUGAAAUCUGGCCGAUUUCAGGUUUUGCCCAAUCAUAGAUUAAGAAUAUACAUAUUUAAGGUGACUAGUCACCCCGUCUUAUUAUCUGAUUUUUGAACAUUUUCUGAAAAAAUUUUUUUUUGUUAUUUUGAGCCCAUUAACUAUUGUACAUUAAGACUGCAUGGUUGAUUUUUUUCAAAAAAAUCUAAAUUAGGUGAAAAAAGCUCUCAAAGUUACCUUGUUUGAAAAUUUACCCCAUAGCAACGCCCUAGCAACGCAUUUAGGUACAAAAUUCACUCAAAAUUUCGUCCAAAAAUCACUUCAAACAAGUUUCUUUAUGUUUCUCCUUUUGGUGUAUGUGAUUUAGAAUCUUCUGACUUAGCUGCAUUGCGAUUGGUUGCUUUGGGGAGCCAUGGCAACGCGAUUUCUUUGUCUGUCUUGUGAUCGAUCGCAUUUGCAUUCACUGUGAAAUUAUCGACAAAAAUCUUAGUUUUUUCUUAAAUUCCAAGUCGAAAAGUUGCUGUUCUAGUUUCUCAAAGAUUCGUUUUGUUAUUUGGAUUGUAAUUUGAAGUCAAUAAAUGAAAAAUACGAAGAACAGAGCGAUAAAAUCCGCCUUCGAAGACGGCGAAGAAAUUCAAACAUGGCGAAUCUCGUGACAAAGAAGCUGGACAUUCCAGAGCGAAAAUUGGCUCUCAGACAGCAAACUUUGGUGUUAAUACCGAAAUUAUAUAGACACUACAAGGAAAGGAACAGUAUUUAUGGAUUUGUCAAUUUUAUUUGGUGUCUUUGAUAACAUUUUGAAAUGUCCUGACAGUGGAGAUGAACAUGGAUAUUCUCAUUACAUUGUUUUACAGUUUGUGUGCAUAAAAAUAGUUCUACCCAGAAAACUUUCGGAUGGAAAAGGAAUAUCUGGUAAAGGUCAGCUUACUGAUGGUAAAAUAGAUGUUCUAGAAAAUUAUUACGGUCUGGCAAACAGAGAAGCCAAGCUGUAA